AUAAAGUGGAGAUCGUUAGCAUGUCUAGCUAGCUGUUAUCAUGACUAGCUAAACACCAUACAAAUAUUGUCCCACUUUUUUCCCCUCUCCUUUUCUUUUUUAAUUAUUCAGCUUCAUGCUUGGAUUUUUAUUUCAUUCAGUCUCAACGCAGUCGGCGGUUUUGUGAAGUGAAGAAACACUACGCUUUGUGCUGAGAGUAAACUCCACUCUUGCAGUCUGAGCUGAAAGGCGACCAUGGUGUACUCUAAAGUGCACACACGCACUGCCCAACAGCAGGAUGCAGACAACACCGGUUAUACCUACUCUGUCAGCUCCAGCUACUCCUCGUCUGCUCUGGAGUACGAGAGGGAACAUAAACUCGCUCCGGUGUUCGAGUCACCCAGGAUGACGCGACGCAGCCUGCGCCUGCACACCAACUCCGCUCGCUACGGAGACGACAGCCUGCUGGACUCCUCGGUCAACCGCAGCGUCUCCUUCAGUACCGAAAACAGGGUUCACCGGGAGAGCAAGACCGUGAAGAGCAGGAGGUCUCAACGCUCUGUAUCCGGUUCAAGUACGCUCCUUCAAACUCCGGUGAAGAGCCAGUCCUUGGCACAACAGGCCCACAACAGCAGCAUGCACAGUUGUGCUGCAAGCGACGCCUCACUUUUGUCCUCCAUGCUAGAUGAGUCAAGCAUCCAGGAGCGCACACUCGUCGACAGCUUCUGGGGAUUGGAUAAGGAUGGAGAUCUCAAAGAUCAGACUCUCCACACAGACCACAGCUUCUCUCUGAACAACAGCGGCACACACAUUGCUCAGACUCAGACCUCCACGUUACACAGUGGCUACAUCUGUAGUAACUGUGUGGCCAGCCGCUCUGACAGGAGAGAUGCUCUCCAAGCCUACUCCUCAUCCAAAACCUGCUCCUCCUCCUCCUGUUCUUACUCCUCGGCCGCUCUGCACAGCACGGCGGUGGACGGCGCCGUCUCCGCCCCAAGCGCGGCCUUCUCCUCUCCCCACACUACGGUGUACAGCCGAGAGAGGAGCCGCCGACACCGAGCCGGUGCGCUCGGAGUGCUCUCCGAGACCUUCCUGCAUUACAGCAGGAGACUGUGUGUCUCUGUAGUGUGUGUGUUUACCGUACUCAUGCAGAGCGUUCUCAAGACCUGCCAUCUAGGCAAAGUCCAGCUGUGCUCAUUGACACACCGGUGUGUGAGGGUGUGCAGGAGAGCAGGCGCCUCCUCAGCUCAGUAUAUCGGGUUGAGGAAGACCAGCAGUCACGGUGCUAACGGAGGUCAUGCUAGUUACUGUGGAACCAUGAAUGUAAAUGAAAAGGUGACUCAAAAGGACCCGCACUCUCUUAACGGCCCUCUGUGUGACGACUGCAAAGAGAAACAGACUUCGAAGACAAUCACAGUCUCUGCAGGGUCUUCCAGAGCCCCGUGGCUAGUAGAGGCUCUGUGGGCCCUUGUAACCUUUGCAGGCAGCCGUACGUUAAAGGCAGGCCAGGACGUUCUUUCAGCAUCCUGGUUUAUCACAAGGAAGAGUCUUUCUGUUCUCUAUUUGGCUGCAGUGUCUCCAGGCAGUGCAGCUUCAGGAGCAUUACAGUGGUUGGGAACGGCGUGGUACCAGAUGGUCAUGCUCAUGUCUCUGCUUAACGUCUUUUUCUUGACUAGGAUCCUGCCUAUACUACAAAAACUUUUCCUGAUUAUUCUUCCCUUUAUCCUUUCCCUUGCCGUCCUGUGGUACUGGGGAAUGUUCAGUUUCUCGACUCUUUGGCCUAUAGUGAACAUAACCGGAGACUCGCCCAUAAAUAAAGUACUCGAUGUUCAUCCUGAUCUCACGUUAUCAGGUAAAACCAUUGAGGUUGAACCUGACAUCACUGAAUCAGAAGCAAGCUCACAGCAGGAGCUGCCGGUCGUAUCCGAGGCAGAUUCCGAACGACUGGCACGGAUAGAGCAAAGCCUGGGGAUGCUGUGGGAUAAGGUGGCAGCUUCAGGCGGGAAACAGGAAGAGCGGCAUGCCGAGGUACUCGGCCUGUGCAGUUCACUGAAAGAAGAGCUGCGUACCAACACUGAUAAAGAGUCCAUGGGCCAGUGGGUGGGCUCGCUCCUAGAGCAGCGAUUAAGCCUGCUGAGAGCCGAGAUGGAGGAACAGACUGAGCGCUCACAGCAGCAUCAGGACGAGUCUGAAGCCAAGGAAACCAGAGAAACUCAAGAGUCACGGCUAGCCAAGAUCGAAGCUCUUCUUCAGGAGCUAGCACAAAGAACCGAGGAGUUACAAACAAGACCAGAUCCAGAGACACCGUCUGUCAUCAGUGAGGAAAUGGAUAGUGUUCCUCACGCUGCUCUGCUGGCACAAGUGCACAAGCUGGAGGAAGCGCUGAGCAGCAUCAGGGCUGAUCUGCGGGGUGUGACCGCUUGUACAGGAAGGUGCGAACAGCUGGAUUCUCUUCAUGACACUAUUUCUGCACAGGUCAAGAAGGAGCUUCAGGUUCUUCUGUAUGGCAGCGAGCAGAAGGACGUGAAGCUGCCAGGAUCUUUGAUGCAGUGGCUUUCGACUCAGUUUGUGAGCAACUCGGACCUGCUGGACUCACUCGGCACCCUCGAGAAGAGAAUUCUGGGUAACUUGUCACUUCAGAUAGAGGAGAUGCAACAAAAACCAAGUGAAGAGACAAUCACACAGAGUGUUCUGCAAGCCACAGAGCAAUCUGGCUUAUCAGAAGAGGACAUCCAGCUGAUCGUGCAAAAUGCUCUGAAGCUCUAUUCUGAGGACCGCAUUGGCCUUGUGGAUUACGCUCUAGAGUCUGGAGGUGGCAGCAUCCUGAGCACACGUUGUUCUGAGACAUACGAGACGAAGACCGCACUGAUGAGUCUGUUCGGUUUUCCUCUGUGGUAUUUCUCCCAAUCUCCACGUGCAGUCAUACAGCCAGAUGUACAUCCUGGUAACUGCUGGGCAUUUAAAGGAUCCACCGGCUAUCUGGUUAUUCGACUGUGUGUGAAAAUCGUUCCUACGGCCUUUUCCCUGGAGCACAUCCCCAAAGCUCUCUCACCUACAGGCAACAUCAGCAGCGCACCACGUAACUUCACAGUCUAUGGUCUGGAGGAUGAACAGCAGGAGGAGGGGCAUCUUCUCGGGGAGUACGUCUACCAGGAGGAUGGAGACGCUCUACAGACCUACCUAGUCACGGAAAAUGACACCGAAGCUUUCCAGAUCAUCGAGCUGCGAGUGCUGAGUAACUGGGGUCACCCCGAGUACACGUGUCUGUACCGCUUCAGGGUGCACGGUGAGCCAGUACAGCAGUGAUCCGACACUAACCUGGAUGUGGAGCUUCACAGAGGAGAUACCGUGCCACUCUACCCCAAUGCAGAAACACAUAACAUCAUUGCUUGCUUUAACCAUUAAAGCUUUGUCUCUGUGCUUUGCACUCCUGUAUCACUCAGACUACGAGUUCAUCUCCAUCUGGAACUUUCCCCAUCUAUUUUUUUUCCUCCCACUUCUGUGUGACUUUACUCCAGCAUGCGACACAGACAGAGAGCAGCGAACCCGGCAUGGUCUGAACUGCACUGAAGAACACUCAGUAUGUUUAACCUUAAACAAAAUGGACUACAGUGUAUUUUAAUCAGCAUGUUGUAAAUAUUGUUCAUAGUUUGUCCGCUUAACGUGUGUCUAAUAAUUUUGCAUUUUCCAAUAGUGUAAUGAUUUUCAAGUGCCCAGCUAAGAGAGACUGUUAUUAAUCACUAUUUAUUUUUUUAUGUAUUUGUGUUGAUCUUAGUAAGACUUUAUAUUGUGUAUUUUUGUAAAUGCUUUUCAAAUCAUUUUGUAAUUAUCGAGGGACCACAGGUUGGCUUUUGCAAUGAAGUUAUAUUUUGUUUGUGUGGGAUGUUCUAAUAAAGAGUAAUUUUUUAGAAA